CCGCGCCCUCGCCUCUCCCGCGCCAGGCCGGGCAGCGGCGCGCGCGGGGCCAUUUGCAGCGCAGGCAGCCUCGCGAGCAGCCGCGGCGACCCGGCCGGGAGGGCGGCGGCAUCAUGGAGCUGAAGAAGGAGAGCAACUCUGUGGCCAUCGACAUGCUGCUGAUCGUGCACUCGGAGAAGAGGCGCGCCGCGCAGGGCGCGCACUCGGACCCCCAGGCGGAGCGCGACGCGCGCCUGCAACGCGGAGGAGGCCUCCAGGGUGUCGGAAACGGGAUCCGGAAAUGGCAGAAAUUAGAAGGAACUGACCAUCAUGGAAACCUGGCAGAGAAGCAGCACCCUCAGCAGCCCCAGGUCAUCACUUCCUAUGACAACCAAGGGACACAGCUGACCGUGGAGGUCCACCCUCGAGAUGCCAUGCCCCAGUUUCUCAAGAAGUUCUCCUUGGCUAAAUGUUUACAAAGUGAUAAAAAUGGAAACACAAGACCUCGGCAGCCUGGAAACAAAGAUGCCCUUGCCUAUCCCUGGGACCGGUCCAGCCUAAAGUCCAUGCCCCUGGACCUGCAGCAGUUUGAAAAACUGGACAGCUACGCCUCACAGGUGACAGUCAAGAGUGGCCUAGAUGAACUGGUGAGUGACCUGCUGCAGGAGGCCCACAGUGAUCUGGAAAGGGUCCGCGCCAUCUGGAUCUGGAUCUGCCACCACAUAGAGUAUGACAUCGAGGCUGCCCAGGAGAAGGACCGCCAGGCCUUCAAGCCCACUGACAUCCUGCGGACCCAGAAGACCAACUGUGACGGCUACGCUGGCCUCUUUGAAAGAAUGUGCAGGAUUGCUGGUGUGCAGUGCAUGACAGUGCCUGGCUACUCCAAGGGCUUCGGCUACCAGACAGGACAGAGCUUCUCUGGAGAGUUUGACCAUGCCUGGAACGCUGUGUACCUGGAGGGGAGAUGGCACCUCCUGGACAGCACCUGGGGCAGCGGCCUGGUGGACAAGGUCACCUCAAAAUUCACGUUCCUCUACAAUGAGUUCUACUUCCUCACCCACCCUGCACUGUUCAUUGAGGACCACUUCCCAGACAACAAGAACUGGCAACUGCUGAAGCCUCCACAGUCUCUGAGGCAGUUUGAGAACAGCAUGUACCACAAGAGUGAAUUCUACAACAAGGGGAUGCUGAGUGCCCACCCGGACGUGUCUAUGAUCAGAACAGUGAACGGGAAGGCUACCAUCACCAUUGAGAGCUGUGCCCCAACACUGUUCAUGUUCAUGCUCAAUGGAAGGCAGGAGCACGGGCUGCUGAGCCUCCAGAAGAACGGGAUGAAGCUGGAAGUGUUCCCUCCAACCAUGGGCACCCACAAGCUGCAGAUCUUUGCCAAGGGCAACUCAGACAUCUACAGCUCCGUGCUGGAGUACACACUCCAGUGCAACUUCGUAGACCUGGGGGUCCGGCUGCCAGCGGAGCUACACCAGCCUGUGGGCCCCAGCUGGUUCUCGGAGCAGAUGGGUAUCGUGAAACCCUCACACCCUGACCCCGUCAUCCAUACCAGGGAUGGACGCUGCUCCAUCAGCUUCGGCGUGGAGGAGGGCAUCAGCGUCCUGGCUUCCCUGCAUGGAGAUGAUGGCUCCAUAACUGAGGAGACGCAGCGGCGCUACAUCUUCCAGCUGCACCGGGAGAAGCGGACUGAGCUGAAAGUCCAGCUGCCCCAUGCAGGCAAGUUUGCUCUCAAGAUCUUUGUCAAGAAGAGGCAGGAAGCAGGCAACUAUAUCUUUGUCUUCAAUUACCUCCUGUGCUGCACCAACACCAAGGUGAACUGGCCCAUGUUUCCUGAGAGCUUUGGCAACUGGGGACAGGACAAUGAGCUGCUGGAGCCCCUGUCCGGUGUGCUUCCCGCCAACCGUAACAUCCCAUUCAAGCUGAAGCUGCACGGAGUUGCCAAAGCCCUGGUGAAGGGGCAGGACACAUGGCCCCUGACCCUGAACCACGAGGGCUAUUGGGAAGGCAGCUGCAGCACAGCUGGCUGCCAGGAGGUCUAUGUCAUGGUGCUGGAGAAUGCCAACCACAACUUCUACUCCUACAUCCUGAAGUACAGAGUGAACACCCAGUGAGAGGGGCCUGCCUCGAAUACCCUCCCAGGGGGCCAUGGCCAGCCCUACCAGGAGAGGCUUAGUGCACUGAGUCUGCAUGAAACCAUUUCUAGGCCUCCACCUCGGUCUCCCUGCUCUGUCACAGGUGCUGAGAUGUUUGUGUUCUAAAGGCUUCACUCAGUGUGGCCAUGGCUGAAGGGACAGAGGCGAAGGCCCUUGGAAGAAAAAGGUGCUAUGUAAAUCCAAGGUAUUGUGAACUGUACCCCCGUGCCCAGAUGCCCCCUUUCGUGCUAAUGUUGUUACCAUAGAUAGGGUCAGCGUGGGAAAGCAGGGAUGUUGUCCAAGCUGAAAGCUUUUCCCGUGAUGCUUAGCAAAUUCUCCAUGCCGCGGAGGAGCAUGACACGUAAGGCUGCGUCUCCCUUGCUCACGGAGCCCCUCCCAAGUAGCACACAGUGUCUGUCCGCAGCUCCUGGACUCCAGGGAAGGAUGGGCCUGACUGUCUUCCAAAUCCCUGGUGCUCUUCAUUAACCCUGGGGAGAAAAGGUGUGAGAGGAAGCUAGCUGAGCCCUGCAGAGCCGGUACUGUGACAGCAAAAGCAGAGGAACCAGGGCCAGCUCAAGGACAUCUGGGUGGGGGUGGAGUGAUUCUUUGGCAGUCCUGCAGCCCAGCGUAAGUCCCCUGACUCAGGCCCCUGCAGGAGCACAGAGGGCAGUGAUGGACCCUCCUGGGCCCAAGCCUCAUGCCUGACCUUGCCUUCCUGGGCGCCUCUAGUGGCUGCUAGGCCUGUCAGCAGCUUGGUCGUAAAGCUCCAUAGAGCCCCAGCCCGGUGAGGAGAUGAGGUGAGCAGGCAGUGUGGCUGGAGCAGUGCUCAGGAGACUCACGUGGGCCACUGCCAGCCCCAGGGCCCCUGCCAACAAAGCCAGGCUGGGGCUCUGCCUGCUCUGGAGCAGCUUUUGUGCUAUGGCUGAGAAAAAGUCCUAUCCCAUCUCCUUUCCUUUGUAGAAAUGAAACCCCAGCCUCCUACCCAGGGCACCACCUUCUGGGGGACAGUUGGGAUCCUGGCUUGCUCAGGCCAGUCCCAAGAAGCGCCAGCUGCCCAGCUGGCCCUGGGAAGCACCUGAAGCUGGCAUUGCCAUGGCAACAGUGGGAGGUGGGCUGAGCCAUGGCAGCAGAAAGGGAAGGGCUGAGAGAACCAGCAUCCCAGCAUGUGGGCACACUCUGGGGUAGUCCCUGCUGAGCCCCAGCGUCCUUGGUUCCGUCACCCCUGCCUGUUUCAGAGCGCCUGUCCCUGAAAGCUGGCCACACCCAGACCUCUCCUGACAGCCGCUCUACAUGGCCCCAGGCUCGGCAGCAGCCAGAGCCAGCCUGGACUGCCCAGGCCUGCCUUCUCCUGGUACCUUCUGUCUGUGUGUUCAGUAAGGGCCAGGAGCUGUGCUAGCUGCUGGGAUUGCAGAGGUAAAGCAGGGGGGCCCCGGCACAGCCGCCCAGAGCUAGAAAAGGUGACUUGCCAGGUACAUGGCCUCCCCUGCCCCAGGUCAGGCUGAAGUUCCAGGUCCCACUGUCCAGUCCAUCCUGCCCUGGGGCCCCUCUUCCGUAGGUCCCCACUGCCUCCAACAGGGACCUGGCUCAGAGCCCAACACAGGCUCGGGCCCAACUUCCACCAGGCACAGACCUCACUUGUGGGGUGCUGCCCGGAGGGCUGAGCUCCCUGCCCCGCGGCCAGCACUCUGAGGGGGCCACCUGCCACCAUGUCGCUCAGCCUGAAAAACACAGAGGCCCAGGAAACACAAGCACUAUGCCCCACCACAAGGAAACAGGGGGAGCCUUGCACCCCGAAAACAACCCUGUCUCACACAUGUGGUGCCGAGGGCUGGAAGAAACGUGCUGUUUUGUGAAAACAAAAGCCUUCUAAGGCCCAUGUCCCUUGCCGGAGCCACCGCGACCGCCGCAGAGAGCCCUGUGGAAGACCACGCACACCUUUCUAAAGCGGGGUUACGCAUCAGUGCAUCUUGGGGCGAGCAGAGCGAGUAGAGCACCCCACCCGCGAAGAGGGGCUUCGUGCAGUCCUGGGGAGGGAAGCCCGCCUCUCCAGCCUGCAGGGCAGCCGCAGGCCCUGCCCACUCAUUUAAUCGGGCAGCCCCUCUGUAAAGACCGCUGCAGGCACGGUCAGAAAAUCACCUGCAUUUCUUUCCACUGAAGUAAAAGUACGUGAAAGGAAAUCCAAUCUUCAUGAAUUUUUACAUGCAUGCUGCUCAGGCUGCAAAUCCGAGGUCGCGCGUUGAAGGCUUUUAUUGCAAUGCCCAGCUUUGUUUUCCUGUCGCCGAUGGAAGGGCACGGGUGCCCCCUGGUGACCGGAGUGCGGGGCUGCCGAUGCUGCAAACCUCCAGACUGCGUUUAUCGUUUCCCGACCUUCCUUUUUUUUUUUUUUUUUAACUGAAAACUUGAAAAAGGCUGUUGAGAUGUUCAUAUUGAAAUCGGGGUGGAGGGGUGCUUUCUCAGCGUUUCCUCCUGCGUGCACGGAGCAACUCCGCCAUGCACAGCUGUGCGGGGAGCCUAAGGGCUGCCGGCGUGGUGAAAGGGCGUGUGAUAAGAACUGGGAGCCUUUCCCCCCGGAAAUCCCUUCUAGGAGCAAAACCUUGGAUGCAGGACUGGCUGGAGCAGCUUUGGUCACACGAAUUACUACUCCAGGGAAAGACUGAGCAAACCGGGGAGCAUUACAAGUCCCAGGAUGGGUGCCAGGGGCGGGGCGAUUAACUUCUUUGCCGCUGGUUUCAGGAGCGCCACCGGCACAGCUGGACUCUUAUUUUCGGUCUAAUUUUGAUCAUUGUCAGUUCCCCGUAUGUUACAUUGUCUCACUGCACAGACUCCUCACAGCCUGCGGAGAUUAAACAGCAAUAAAGAGAUGAACUGAAGCAUGAAGGAUUUAGGCUAGACGUAAAGAACUACUUCCUGUCGUUGAGCUGGAGGGGGACACAUUGCCAAGACAGUUUGUGAAAUUCUCUUCUCAAAGGACUUGAAAAGGAGAAACCUUUUCCCAGUGGGCUGCAGUUUUAUUUAGCUGCUGCACACUGGCUGGAAAGAUUAAGCUCUUUCUAAACCAAUUAAUUCUUUAAAUACACUGGUUGGCCUGUGGCAAACACGGGGUUAACAGCUCGCUACUAGCAGAGGUGGUCACAUCAGUUUAUCUGAGGUCUGUAAUUUCUUUGCAUUGGGAAUAAGUAGUCGGGGGCUUGAAGAGGUGAUUAUUUCUCAUAAUGUGUGUAUUGAGUCGAGUGGGCCGAUGGUUGUCGAGUGUGCUUUCCCACAUUGUUGCUGGUGUUUUUCAAUAAAAUUUAUAUUCAUUUUUAUCC